GUCUGCAUCCGCUCCCUCUGCCGACCUGGAACGCAUACCCUCGCUCAGCGGCCUGUUUGAUAUCACGUACCAGUAAUGACGGCAGGGGUGACCGGAUACUUCAGGUUUACGGAUAUUUUCUUCGAGUGGCACCAAGCGCUUCCGAACAAGGAGGACAUCGGCCCGCUGAAAGCACUGAUCUCCUAUGAUGCCCUCGUACAUCCUGACCACCCUCUUCGAGAGCAGGGAGUGGACGGAAUCGAGAUGUAUCUCGGCACGUUCGCAAACGGAGAAAUGCGACUGCUGAUGUCCUCUGCGCAAAUCGAAUAUAUGCGGUACUGGCUGCACGCCGUGGGCCUGACAGAUUCAUUGAUACCACUUCCGGCAUCGGAUUGGAUGAUCCGGCCAAGCGAGCUUGCCAACUGUUCUCCAUGUGUCUACAGGGAAGCUUCGGUCCUCAAGAAGGCGAUCAAGACGAUCGACAAAAACAACAAGAAGCUAAAAUUUGCUCCUUCUCUCCUUACCAAUCGCCGGCUGAACUUCGAGAGGAUCCGCACCUUCUGGGCUGAGCGUGUCGGGACGUGGUGUGCGAUGGACUUUGAGGCCUGGGAACGCGACCACCAUGUUCUCACCGAGUUUGGGUGGAGCCUCGUUCGUUGGGAGGGCAAUGAAGACGAGCAGAACGAAAUCACGGAGGAAGGUCACUUGACCAUCCGUGAACAUAGAGGCUUCUUCAACGGCACAUAUGUCGAUGACAAUCGUGACAAAUUUGGCUUCGGAGAAAGCGAAGAGGUGGACAAGAAAACAUUCCGGAAACGGAUCCUCGACCUCAUCGAGACACACCGCCAAGCAGGCCCGCUUUUCCUCAUCUUCCACGACAACAAGCAAGACAUCAAAUACCUGCGCUCAGACACCAUCCAGGCCCUCACGGAAUUCGAGUACCUCCUGCCAGACCAGGCACCCACGUCGGGUAUCUACAUCAUCGACACAGCCGAAUUGUUCGCCGCGCUCGAGGGCGAGUCGGGCGGAAACAAGCGCUCGCUUGAGCGUGGGUGCAGGCUGCUCCAGUUACCCACCGAAUAUCUGCAUAACGCGGGAAACGACGCGCACUACACCAUGGCCGUGCUGCGUUCGAUGGCGUCCGGCGACCCGCUGGACGUGCAGCGCGAGAAGCGCUGGCCCAACCGCACGACUAGCUCAAACCCGAAGGUCGAGUUCAAGGCUUGGGAGGAAGACUCGGAUAUGUCUGACCUCGAGGGUGUGAUGCCCGUUGAUGCGGACGCGCAGCCUGGGAACGAUGACGUGACGUGGAACGGGUUCGACAUGUAAUUCAACGCGACUUUGUGCGUUGAACGGUACUAGUGGUAUUUUUUGAGCUGGGCAUGAUAUACCUAAGAAUGUCUCAAUAGGAAAGACGGACCUGCUUGAAUAUAUUCUUGAACAAC